AUGACUUUGUACACCGACAACUUAGGGAUCACCACAAAAACUCCUGAUUCAAAUGAGAUAACUUGUAAAGAGGAGAAAGAAAGUUGGACUGAAUCAGAUAUAAAACCCUCUUGUUUACCGCAGGAAGAUUUUGCCUGUAUCAUCGACAAAGACACUGCUUGUGCCGAGAUCGAAAAAGCCAAGAAGAAUCCCGGAACAAAACCUGGCCUGUCUUAUAUCGCUCUCAUCUCCAUGGCUAUUCAGAGUUCAGAGGAGAAACGAUUGCUUCUGUCAGAAAUCUAUCAAUGGAUCUCAGAGAACUUCCCCUAUUAUCAGAGCAAAGACAAAAGUUGGAGAAAUAGCGUCCGUCACAACCUUUCCCUGAAUGAGUGCUUUGUGAAAAAUGGGCGCAGUGAAAAUGGCAAGGGUAACUACUGGUCCAUUCACCUUGCAAACAUCGAGGACUUCGAGCAGGGAGAUUUCCGUAGGAGACAUGCCCGUCGUCGAGUUCGAAAAUGUGACGAAGAGUUCCGCAAACUGACAUCGGCUUUGUGCUCCGAUUCCGAUUCUCCACAAUGUACCUCUGGGAGAGUCGCGGAAACGUCGACUACCUCUCAGUUUCAUCCUCCCUGCAACGCCUCUGAACAAGGUUACGUUCCAAUGACAAGUAUUGUCAUGCCAACGCGCGAAUUGAUCGAAACCUUCGGCAUAAACGCCAUCUUGUCUAAAGAGGAGCAGCAGAUAUAUUUUCAAAGACCUCAACAUGUUCAGAGUUCCCAAUCCGGCCCAUUGCAGUCAAGCCUGACCGCAGAAGCAUUUUACUGCGGGUCACAUCUGGUAACGUCAUUUUCGCCUGUAAGGCAAUCACUAGCUUCUGUCGACUCCUGUUUAGUGCCAGAUUACUCUUAUUCCAGUCUGAUAUACACUUCUAGUCAGUAG